UGUAAAAUUUGUGAUAAAAUAUUCACUAGAAGAAAAGACAAACUGAACCAUGAACUUGCACAUAGUGGGGAGUCUAUGCUUACUUGUAAUGAAUGUGGCAAGGAGUAUUUACAUGAGUCAAGUUUGGCAUCCCAUAUGCGGACACAUGAUGGAGAUCCUUUGUUUAUGUGUGACCUUUGUCCAAAAAUGUUUGCACAAAGCCAUCACUUAAAAUCUCACAUACUCUCCCAUUCAGAGCCUACCAACUUUGUUUGCAAGACAUGUUACAUGGAGUUUGCAACAGCUGCAGAUUUAAAUCAUCAUUGCCGUAUUCAAAUCAAAAUGGAAAUGACCAAACUUUGGUGCAAAAUGUGUAAAGUUUAUUUCUGUAGAAAUCAUGAUAGAGCAACUGAAAGAAGAAUUCAUGCAUUCUGCUGCUCGGCCUGCAAUGAACUAUUCUACACUAGCAAAAAGUUAAAAAUUCACAUGAAAAAAUUUGCUCAUUACUCUAUUGAAAAACCCAAAUAUAUUGAACCUUUGCAAGAGUAUGAGUUGUAUCCUGAUAAAGUUUCAGAAAGUAUUAGAAAGCUACAGGUGCAAAAGGAUAGUGAACCUUUGAAAAAUCAAGAUAAGAGAGAUUCAUUUGACAAACAGCAAUGUGAUGUGAACUUUGAAGAUGAAUUACCUGUGAAAAGAUUCAAGCUGUCGACCCGAAAAGUUUUUUUAGAAGAUGAGCAUUCCAGUACUUCGCUCCAAGACUCAACCUCAGAAAUAAAGCAAGAAAUAGAGAUGAAAUCGCCAACUAAGCACAGAAAGGUUAGAAUAUUAUUAUUAUGACAGUGACAUAAACUAAAAACAAUGUUAUUUAGAUCAGUGAUUUCCAACCUAUUUCUGACAUCUAGGGCCACAUUUCUUAGAACAAACAACCAACUUAGACAUAGUACUAUAAGUAUUUGUAUUCUAUAAAAGAAAAGAUUGUUCAGGUAUUAGUAUUGUUAACAAGUUAAACACUUGUGCCGAUUUAAUAAUGCAGCCAUAAAUCAUAGGCUGAAAAGUACUGAUUUAUGCAGGAUCACAAAAUACCAUAAAUACAUUUUCUCAAAAUAGUCUGAAUAAUUCCUACUCAACAAAGAUUAAAAUCUUCAAAUUUUAUAACGUAAUGUUUAUAAAUUUCUACAUUUUUGCUUUUUUGAUUUUCUUUUAAGUAGUUUUAUUUUUAACGGUAAUAAAUCCUUUCCUCCAAGGGUAAGCCAUACUGCAAGAAAUGCAAUAAGUCAUUCAAAGAUUCAGAAGACCUGGAUCGUCACAGAGCUCUUGUUCAUGAAGACAAGCAUGACAAAUCAACAUGUGGGACUUGUAAAAUGGGAUUCAUGACGAAACAAGAACUGGACAACCACAGCCUGAUGCAUGCCAGUGAACGAUUGCACUCAUGCCCAGUGUGCGGAGAAACUUUCUCUUGUUCUCUGGAGUUGACCAAACAUCUAAAGGCUCAUGUUGAAGAUUUCCCGUAUAAAUGCAGUCAAUGUGGGAAGGCAUUCAGACUAAAGGUUUGGAAAUUUAUUAUUUAA